AUUUUUUGUUUUUUUCUAUUUUUGUUGUUUAAUUUUAAUUGUUUUUCUUUUUUCUAUUAAAAUUAAUUUGAUUUGUUUUUGUAGUUUUCUUUUUUUCUUUUGUUAAUUGUCUUUGUUUUAAUUACUACUUUUGGAAUUAUUAUGGCGAAACCGAAGAAAAAUAAUGGUUUAACUAAGCAACAGUUAAUGGUUGUGACAAUUAAUGAGAUUAUUCAACAUUUGAUUAAGGCUCAUGAGGAAUGUAAAGAUGUUAAUUUAACUAAACUUAAAUGUGAAAUAUCUCGAAAGUAUGGACUGGAAAAUCAACCAAAAUUGGUUGAUAUUAUUGCUGGUGUACCUCAAGAGCAUAAGAAAAUAUUGUUACCUAAAUUAAGGGCUAAACCAAUACGAACUGCCAGUGGAAUUGUUGUAGUUGCGGUAAUGUCAAAGCCUCAUCGAUGCCCUCACAUCAACAUGACUGGUAAUAUUUGUGUAUAUUGUCCUGGUGGUCCAGAUUCUGACUUUGAAUACUCAACUCAAUCAUACACUGGCUAUGAACCGACCUCAAUGAGAGCGAUUAGAGCUCAUUAUAAUCCUUUUGUUCAAACACGUAAUAGAUUGGACCAGUUGAAACAACUUGGACAUGAUAUCGAUAAAGUUGAAUUCAUUGUUAUGGGAGGUACUUUCAUGUCACUACCUGAAGAUUAUCGAGACUAUUUUAUUAGAAAUUUACAUGAUGCUCUUUCGGGAAAUACAAGCUCAUCGGUUGCUGAAGCUGUUAAAUUCAGCGAAAAAUCAAGGACAAAGUGCAUUGGCAUAACUAUCGAAACAAGACCUGAUUAUUGUUUAAAUCGACAUUUAAGUGACAUGUUAGCCUAUGGAUGUACCAGACUUGAAAUUGGUGUACAAUCAGUUUAUGAAGAUGUAGCUCGUGAUACAAAUAGAGGCCACACCGUUAAGGCCGUUAAAGAAACUUUCAAAUUCGCCAAAGAUUGUGGCUUCAAGAUUGUCGCCCACAUGAUGCCAAAUUUACCCAAUGUCGACCUAGAAAGAGAUCUCGAACAAUUUGUAGAAUUCUUUGCAAACCCGGACUUCCGAGCCGAUGGAUUAAAAAUUUAUCCAACCCUGGUGAUUCGAGGAACAGGACUCUAUGAACUUUGGAAAACAGGUCGUUAUCGCAGUUAUCCGCCCAAUGUUUUAGUCGAUUUUCUAGCUCAAGUAUUGGCUCUAGUUCCUCCAUGGACUCGUAUUUAUCGAGUUCAACGCGAUAUCCCAAUGCCUUUAGUUUCAUCAGGAGUUGAACAUGGUAAUAUAAGAGAACUGGCCUUAGCCAGAAUGGCCGAUUAUGGGACAUCAUGUCGAGAUAUAAGAACACGUGAAGUGGGCAUACAAGAAAUUCAUCAUAAAAUUAAACCCUAUCAAGUUGAGCUCGUUCGUCGGGACUAUGUUGCAAAUAGCGGUUGGGAGACAUUCCUUGCAUAUGAAGAUGUUCAACAAGACAUCUUAAUUGGCCUCCUUAGAUUGAGAAAUUGUUCACCAGAUACAUUUCGCCCAGAAUUACAGGGUUGCUGUUCAAUCGUCCGAGAGUUACACGUCUAUGGGAGCGUCGUCCCGAUCAGCGGUAAAGAUCCGACCAAAUUUCAGCAUCAAGGCUUUGGAAUGCUUUUGAUGGAAGAAGCUGAAAGAAUCGCCCUGGAAGAGCACGGAUCGACUAAAAUUGCAGUUAUCUCAGGAGUUGGAACAAGAAACUACUACAGGAAACUUGGCUAUGAAUUGGAAGGUCCUUAUAUGUGUAAAUCGCUGAUUUAAAUCAAAAAGAAAAAUAAUUGUUAUCGAGUUACUGUUAUUUUUACAGAAUCAGUUAAUUUAAGUCAAUGUUUCUCAUUAAUUAAACAUUUAAUUGAUUUGGCAAUGAAAAA